UGCAGGGUCUUUAUCGAUGUCGAGCUCGAAAUAGAUCAGAAGCUUGGUGGGGGAACCAUCGUUCUUGCUUCUUGAUCGCCGGCUAGUCGCCCCAUCCCUGCCGCUGUGGCACGCUACGCCCCUGACAGCGGCGAGGAGCGGAUCGCCAGGCAGGUGCCUUCGGUCAUUCUACCACGAGCCAGCCCACCAUGCUGCUGUCCGGCGUCUCGCUGCUUGCCGGCCUCGUUGCAUCGGCCUGCGCUGCAGACAUCCCCAAGGUGCUCGACUGCAGCCUCGACAGAUACUGGGAAGCGCCCAAAGAGUGUGAGGCGCCCAUCGCACCCGUUGCAGUAGUGGUACCCGGAUCGUCCUACAUUGCAAAGAUAGAGUGCAAGGACUGCCCUUAUACCGACAAAGACGACGAGGUUGUAAACCGUGAUCAUGUACUUCUCCUCAACGUAACCCUCACCCACGAUGACCGCACAGUCCUCCUCAACAAUCGCCCGCUACAUCCCUUGCCUACAAUACCCACACCCCCUGCCUUCGACGUCACGCGAUACCGCUCCAACCUCUCACAUGCAGAACUGUACGCUGGCCUGAAGUCGGAAGACCCAUAUUGUCUGAAGAACGGGAAUGGCGGAUCUGGAGAAUGGUGCCGCACAGUACCCUUGACGUCCUCCUGGCGCAUGGCAUUCGAUUACCUAUACAUUGCGAACCCGAGCGAUAGCCAUGGAGGCGACGACACAGACGCCGAGUACUGGGACGUUGCGUUGGAUGUGAUUGGAAAAUCACGAUACUCUGAGGACAGCGGCCCGCUUUGGAAGUUUGACAGUCCGGAUCAGAAAAUGCUAUGGAUGCUCAUCAAGGGAACCCUACUGAAGAGAGGUGGCAAAGGAGGACCAACCAAGGUCGCAGACCCUUUCGGGCAGGCCAUUACCGACGACAACAUCUAUGAGUAUCAAAUUGUUGACAUGCGCUUGGUCGCCCGAGCCUACACCUUUCCCGCCAAGAAGCCCUUGACCAUCUGGGGUAGGAUAGGGCACUUCCUUGGAACCGACGUCUGGGACAUAGAGGGUAGUCGCUUUCUCUAUCGCAAAGAAGAAUGGGGCUACUACGGCAAGAAAGGAACUCUUCGCGACAUGUUCGGCGAGUUUGUCCACUGGAGGGACUGGCCUUUGUUCUGGAUCAUCUCCAGCAGUGUUGUUGGCGGCUUGCUUGCCCUGUUCCUUUUCUGGAAGCUUUACUGGUGGAUCGUCGCGCAGCGUGAGCUCAUGAAGUGGGAUGGCAUGGAGGAUGUCUGGGAGAACAUGAGGAGGGAGAGGGUGGCUGAAGAAGAGGGCGCUCUUCUGGAUGCACAUGGCGCGUAUAGAGACGACCCGGAGGAAGGCAGCUCCUCGAGACCACCGGCGUAUACGGAUGCGUUGAAGCCGCUGCCAAGCAAACCGCUACCCGAGAAACCUUUACCAGAGGUUCCAUUGAUCGAUGCUUGAGGGCUUGACAUUCGGUUGGCAUUUCUUAGCUCCUUCCUACCGGAUAUCUUUCCGUCACGCAAUUUGCCAUGUUCGUCUUUCACUCGCCUCUUCCACCUCAUUUGCUCAAAGGCUGCCAAGAAAGGUCGAAUCAGCUGAACUAUGAACAAUCUGCCUCGCAGCAUCCUACAAAGACGUUUCAGGAACUCUUGCUAUGCGCACCAUUGAAAUUUCUUGAUUGACAAUCAUCAGCUAAACAUCAAGCCUUGCAAUAUUACGCCCUGUCUGCAACUGGUGCAAACUGCUUAUCCCCGCCAAACUC